ACAACUUGUCUGGAGGGAGAACAGAACGAGGGGGGGGGGACACACUUCCGUGGCGGAUGCUGAGGUGAUCGAUCAGAUGGUUUUCACGGGAAUAGACGGGUCGAUCUCCGGGCGGAUAGAUCUGGUGUAAUGACGCCAUGGCAUGACGCCCAAAAGGAACAGGCCAGCAUGCCAAUUAGACUUGGGGGAAUGCUUUAGCAGCUGUGCUGUGGUGUGCGUGUGCGUGUGUGGUGUGAUCGGCUGUUCCUGUCAGCCAGCCUAUAUCUCUCUCGAGUUCCCCCCUCUCUCCCUAAAAUGCAGGGGAAUUGCUCUGCGCCGUCCCUCAAAAGUAAUGCUAGCAGAUCCAUGGCGCACGCACCUAGUGCUUUUCCUCAACACCGCUUCCUCCCAUCCUUAUUACACGACCAUUGUCAUCUUCAUAAUCACCCUUGCCGCAGGUCUGCCCGCCUCGCCUUUCCCGCAGCCCCUCUCACUCCCAUCCUCGCUUCCCCGCUCUCGACCCCAACACCAAGCAUUCACGACCACCACGGCAUGGCAUCAUGCAUCGUCCCAAACACACCCAGUACCAGUAUACCCCCUCCAACAUGGACUGCCACACCCCCAACGCCCCCUGCAGUCUCUCUCUCGCAUCGUCCACGCUCCGUUCACGUCCCCCCUUGUAUCAAAAAUCACUCAGACCCUUCCGUCGUCGUCAAACGGAGGGCUUCUCUCCCGCCAACCCCCGUCUCAAAACCCCUCCCGCCAAUACCCGAUUCCACACAUUCUGGGCCCAAUGCGUCGCUCCCCACUGUUUCCAGUCGUCGUCAAGAUACGUCCAAACCUCGCCCUCUCUUCCACAUUGGUACCGACGAUCCAGAAAUGGAAGGUCAUGACCAGCCAAGUGACGUUCCGUGUUCGUCGUCCGUCUCCAAGGAAAACUCGAGACGUUGUCAUGCCCUCUCGGAACUGCUCUCUACAGAACUGGGCUACCUGAUCGACCUCAGAAUACUCGUCUGCGUUUACCUUCGUUUGCUUCCCGUACUCGUAAGCCGCAGUGCUUCGUCCAGCACCCACGCUUCGUCGUCUAAUCUUAGCGCGGCUCCCAUUUCCCGCACCCCUUCUCUCCUUGGCAUGUCGUACCUCGGUGGCAAUCCACGUGCCCCUUCCAAUCAACAUAUCAACGGUACCAAACCAUUUUCAUUCACACACUCCACAGACUGUUACGCACACAACUUGCUUAUCUUCCAGCCUUUGCCCCCUGCAAAGGAUAAGGAUAAAUGUUCACCUCGCCAUCUGUUCUCUUCGUCGGAUUUGGAUAUAGUUACCCGAAAUGCGGAUCAGAUCUUGGAAUUCCACGAAAACCUCGUGCGUCGACUGCGCGCCGCGGUCGCUCAGUUUGGUUUUCCCAUGAAGUGGAGUGUUGAGGACACGCUGGAGCGGCCCGCCAAUCCUGCCGACUUGCAACGUGCAAUCGAUGCGGUCUCAACCGUCUUCAUCGAACACGCUUCUAGCUUCGACCGUUAUCGAAGCUUCUGCUCAGGCCAUCCAGAUGCAUUGAAUGUACUGCACAAGGUUCAACAGAAGUACCCAUCCGAAUGGGAGGCGUUCGAACAGCGGUGUGCCGAUAUCGCCACAGAAAUAUUGACGGAAACCUCUCCACACUCUCCACAGGGGACGAAGCCAGAUGAUCAUCAAGGUUCCCCUGUGGCUUUGGACACCGGUUCGAUGUCAUCCAGGAAGAAGCGGCGACAUUCACUCUCGUCCCUGGACGUCUCUACUCGCGCUCAGGUCCUCCCCCACGUCCUGUCGAGCUUCAACUUGAAACCACCCAAUAUCAGCGCUUCCGAAAAUGGUCACAACGAUAGCGCUACUGGUGUUCGGCGUCCUCGCCUUCUCUUCGUAGACUACCUGAUCAAGCCGGUCCAAAGGAUUUGCAAGUACCCACUACUUCUCGACCAACUCCAGUUUACUAUUCCGGCCCAAGAGCCCGAUUUCGGUCCCUGUCACGAAGUUAUCGAGCGUGCUGCCCACGUGAUGCGUACUGUGACCAGUUCAGUGGACGAGGCUAGCCGGCAGCAGGACCUUGCCGUCAAAACUAGCCUCAUCGUGUCCAGAAUAUGUCAGGGUAUCGCUGCAUCUACGACAAACUCCGGUUCGCAAUACCUGACCCCUGGAUUUCUCUUGUCCCUGGGUUCCUGUCAGAUAGUUGGCUCCUUAGAUGUCAUUUAUUACUACGGAUCAAGUUUGGGGAAUCAGGGCACGGUCAAGGCCAAGUACCUCGGCGCUUUUCUGUUCACUGGUGGCUUCUUCGUGCUCGCCAAAGUGGCCAAACUAAAAGCAUACGAACCGAGGCAUUGGUUCAGCUUGAAAGGGUUUGAGCUCACGGAUUCGAGUACGGAUGGCGGAUUACUUCCAAGCUGGUUCCGCCUGUCAUUUAAGGGGCAUACGUUUGAACUCGCGGCGUCGUGUCGGCGUGAGAAAGAUAUCUGGAUGGACGUUAUUCGCAGUGCUCUGUCCGAAGAACCGACAUGGAAUGGUGAUCCGCCAACGAGUUUUCACGGUGACGGUAGAACCGACAUAGUCGUAGAAGACGUUCCCUUCGAGAUUGUCGCUCCUUUGCCAACCAUUCACUCUAUUCCGGAGUUGGAGAGCGAUGCCGACUUUUCGGCGACGGGAGAGGUUGCUUGUAAUCCUGCCGACAUGUUGAACUCCUGUCGAACGAACCAUCGAGUGGACUACGCCAAGGUUGACAUGGUUAGCCGUCGGGCUUCUGCGGUUUCGUGCAAGUUUUACCCAACGUCAUCAGUGGAAUCGGGCACAUUUCACCUCGUCAGAUCUACCACUCCAGCCCGGGAGCAGGUCGAACGUGAUUUGCUGGACGUGUUUUCGGAGACACUACUCGCUGCGCGCUACCAAGCUAGCGCACUCGAGGAGGAUCUCUUUGAGGGACGAACGGUCGCUCGCUCAUUCUCUCGCUCGAGUUCAGGCUUGACCAUGGCAAGCGCGGUGAGCGUCGCUGCAAAGAACAAGCUUACUAGGCGUGAAAGCGUGCUUGUUCCUCGGCGGGCGAGCUUUAUUGACGCUGGAAACAACUCGUCCCUUGACGUGGAGACAUGUGGACCAGUACUGCGUCCCAAUAGGCCAGUAAGAAAGCGACGGCAACCGAAGAAGCUCAAGGUUAUCAUGGCUAAACCAGUGGGGUCUGAGGAUGUGUUUGUAGAGUCGCCUUCACCAGUGUCACAUUGUUCAUCCACGUCGGUCACUGCACUGGCCACUCCUCUGGAUUCACCUGGUCCCAUCACGACCAACUUGCCCGGACUUGAGAGUGGCAUCGCACGCCAGGAUUCGUUCAGAUCGCAUCAGCAAGGUUGCACACCCAAACGCAGCCGUUCGAUGAUCGAAAACGUUCGGGGCUUGUUCGUCUCUCGUUCGGCAUCGCCUGUCUCGGUGCUGGUACGUGAACCCUCCGUCGGGAGUGGUACGUCCGGCAAAGGUUUACUCAAAUGGUGGUCGAGAGAGACGUUCAGGCACCGCUCGCGGAGUGCACCUGACACCCCCAGGGACGAACUCCCGACGUCCAAGUCACUCGGGCCUGAGGUACGGCGCCCGUCGAUUCUCCUCACAGAUCGGCCGUACUCCUCCCAGUCCGACCUCAAGCGUUUGUCGCUACCGAGUCAUAGACAUGGUCCCUCCACCCAGAGGCAGGGGCACGUCAGGCAUUCAUCAGUUGAUUUCGAGCUUGGGUAUGAGGGCCCUGCAAGGGGAAAGUUGUUUUCGACGCGUUCCAGGAGAGCUUCUAUGUCUUUGACAGCCAGCCUGCGCGACCGGGAAGGAGAAUGUGCUGGGAGUGCCGGGGUAUCCAAGUUACGGAGGAGUCUGUCAUUCUUCCAGCGGUUGACGCCAAUGGGUAGCGCUGCAUCGUAGAGAUGAGUAUUGGGAACAUGUGCAUCGCAUCGCACCUGGAUAACAAGAAGGUUGUACACUAUCAUCGAUUUGCAUAAACUUACACAAGAGCUUCAUUAUAUUUUCACUUCAACUAUUUUGGCUAGGAUACAUUACCUGCAUUGCAUGUCCUGCACUUUUCGGUUUACUACUGUCCAAGAACGCGG